CUGAUUGGCCGGGUGAUGGCUUUGUUUGACGUGGCAUUGGCGCUCGCGCGCGUGCGCGGUAGCGCUCUCCCCGUCAGGAAGAUGGCGGCCCUCGGGAUUUGUUCGGUUCUGUUGAGGUUUUGGCUUCUGAGCGUUUUUUACGGGGUCGUCUCCGCCUUGUACUUCCACAUCGGAGAGACGGAGAAGAAGUGCUUUAUAGAAGAAAUCCCGGACGAGACGAUGAUCAUCGGCAACUAUCGGACUCAGCUGUACGACAAACACAAAGAGGAAUAUUUGCCGGCCACUCAGGGUCUGGGGAUGUUUGUGGAGGUCAAAGACCCAGAUGAGAAGGUGAUCCUGUCUCGACAGUACGGCUCGGAGGGGAGGUUCACGUUCACGUCUCACACGCCCGGAGAACAUCAGAUCUGCCUGCACUCCAACUCGUCCAAGUUCUCGCUGUUUGCCGGAGGCAUGCUGAGGGUCCACUUGGACAUCCAGGUCGGCGAGCACGCCAACAACUACGCCGAGAUCGCCGCCAAAGACAAACUGUCGGAGCUGCAGCUGCGAGUCAGGCAGCUGGUGGAGCAGGUGGACCAGAUCCAGAAGGAGCAGAACUACCAGAGGUACCGUGAGGAACGCUUCCGCCAGACCAGCGAGAGCACCAACCAACGCGUGCUGUGGUGGUCCAUCGUGCAGACGCUGAUCCUGGUGGCCAUCGGCAUCUGGCAGAUGCGACAUCUCAAGAGCUUCUUCGAGGCCAAGAAGCUCGUGUAAAGCCGUCGCCGGAUGCCGAACGGAACCGAGAAGCGCCGCACGCAAGUUACUCGAGACGACGACGACCGACGGAGCCGAUAUUGGGAAUUCUAUUUGGACUGAAAGCUUUGGCCCGACCCGAUGAUGUGCCGAGCGGGCCGGCUGGAUUUUUGUAUUUCGGAGCCGGCGGCCGCUCGCCGGCUUUCGUUGCGCACGCGUGUGAACUCCUGUCAAGCGAUUUCAUUUUAUCCUCCCCAAAAUAUGAAAGGUUUGGAAAGUUUUAGCAGGUGAAGGGCGAAAGGAAUGAGUUACUGCAAACCGUGUGAAUGGUGACUUUUUUUUUUGGGGGGGGGUUUUUUUUUUUUUUUUGCCUGAUCUCGACACGUUUUGACGUCGAUGGCGGAAGGAGGAGCUCGAAGUUGAAUUCAUCAGUCGUGCGACACUGGCAUUUCUCUUUGUGGAUGUUUGUGUCUAUUUGAUUUUAGAAAAUACUGAAAAGGUUUUGUUUUUGUUUGCAGAUAUUUUUUUCAGUGGAACACAUUUCAGGCUUCACCAAGUUUGCCCACUUUGAGCGUUUUCUUUUUCUUCCACCUAAGGGAAAACAUGUUCACACUUUUGGUAUCACUGAAAUAGUAAAUGUCAUAAUUUAAAUGAUGUUGAAAUAAAAAUGAACUUUCACCUGA